UGGUGAAUAUCCUCCAUGUGACAGUGGUGAGUUUUAUAGGAGUGUUUUUGAAGCCGGAAAAUCGCGUAAAAAGCAUGAAAUUAACGCAAGUCCUGUGCCAUCAGCACAUUGGGCGGAUGGUGAAGCGUCACUGGUUGAACUCCGCCAAGAAAAUACUGCCCAAUGACGAAAUGGAAGCGGCAGUUAAGCAAUUGGAGAAAGUCAACCCAACAAUCGUGAGAGCAGAGGAACAUUUCUUGGGAAUAAAUAAAUCCACAUCCAUGGAAACUACCAAGAACAUCCCAACACUGAAUCUGCCGAAGAUGUAUUCGUACAGCACAGAUUCUCUGCUUAUUGAGGGCGUCCGGCAAGCUCAAGUGCUGACCAAGAGUGUCUCUGUAGAGAAUCUACCCUCGAGAUAUGUGAAAUUCUUGAAGAAUCUCACUAUCUCAGAUACUGUGCAUGAGAAGAUGGAGCAGGACAUCCUCUCAGCUCAUCUCUUCGAUGCUGAGCAGAAGAAAACCAAGAGAAUUUACGAUCCGCAGCGGCCGGCUUUUAACUUCCCACGAGUUUAUGGGAUUACUGAAGAGAGGAAGAACAUUCUGAUCCUGGACAAGCUGAUCAGACACUGUGAAAGACUCACGACGAACAAGGCGGAGAAUUUGCAGAAGAGGAUCAUUCAUGAGCCAUUCUUGAAAGUGAACUUUGAGAAGGAUGGCAAAGAAAUCGGAAUGGAUUUGCUGGCAAACCUGUUGAUCACCUCGACAAAGCCCAUUGCAAAAGUGGCGGAAGUAUCUCAGGAUCACGAGGAACUUCCCGAUCUCUUUCCCUUGAACUUCACCAGCUCGUUGAAGGCAGUAGGCAGUGAAGGAUGGGAGGAUUUCUAUCCGAUCAACACUGGGCAUCGCUUCACUAGUUUUCACACCAUCUUUCCUACAUUCACAUCCGAAAUGAAGACAUUUCAUGAGGUGCCCAUAAAUGAGAGCCAGAUCCGAUCCAGGACGCUUUUCUACGCCUUCACGGCGGCUGCGGCUAAAGCUAAGCGGCAAUUUGGGGAUAAUGUGCAAACACUCCCAGAACCCAUUGUCGUUCAGGCUAUACACACCAACGGACAAUCCUUCCACUUCGGCGUGUUUCAGCUCAACACUCUCGACUUGUGUGGCCAGGAAGGGGACAAGAAUGUCUGGCAUGAGUCAAAGAUUGAGAAUUUGUACUCGAAUUGCGCGUAUGUGCAGGGAAAGCCUCAGCUUGAGGGCUACAAUCCAGGCGUUCUAGAGAAAUUCUUCACCUUCUACAGUCAAUAGUGAUUUGUAACCAAUAGAUAAAGUAUCGAUUAAACAGUUGCGGAAUUUCAGCGUAACGACAGACAGUGUUGAGACAUUCCUUUGCGUGCAUUCAAGUGUUGAGCCACUCCUUUGACACUUUCUCUAUCACCCACAGGAUAAUGGCCAUGAAUAGGACCGUCCCACCGUCCCCAGUGAGUCCCCAACCACCAAGUCGGGCGUCUUCGGAGAGCGAGACGCAGA